AACAUUUGCUACUUUUGCAUCAACACAACUCACCUACCGCACCACUACUCGUUACGCGACCUCAAUCGCGCGCAAUGGCUACCGACAAGAAGGUCUUCAAGAAGGCGAGCGGCGACGAGAAGAAGGCCAAGCCAUCUGCAGUCGCCAAUGUUCAAGUUCCGCUUGAGCUCGUCAAGACGUUCCUAGAGGAAAAGGGAGAAAAGGGCGCUGCUGGCAAGCUCCAAGAGUUUACACAAUGGGAGAGCGCCAAGAAUACACCAGAUGCGCCUGAGCCAAUGGACGUGGAUAAGGAAAGCGCGUCCAGCAGCGACUCUAGCAGUGAUUCUAGCAGCGAAUCCGAGGCAGAGACAAAACCCAAAAAGUCCAAGAAGGCUUCCCCAAAGAAGGCGCCUGUGAAGGAGGAUUCUUCUAGCUCCUCCAGUUCAUCCGAUUCCAGCUCCGAUUCCGACAGCAGCUCCGAUUCUGACUCUGACGAGGAAACUGCGCCGGUGAAGGUGAAGAAGGAAGCGAAGAAACCCAAGAAAGCGAAGUCAGUGUCCUCAUCAUCGGCAUCUUCAUCGAGCGAGUCCAGCGAUUCUAGCGAUUCCGACAGCAGCUCUGACGACAGCUCCGACGAAGAGCCAGCCAACAUUCCUCUCCCCGACUCAGGUUCCUCCGCUGCGUCUAGCGAUUCCGAAAGUGAUUCAGAGAGCGAAUCCUCUAGUGAUUCCUCUAGUGAUAGUAGCUCAGAAUCUGAGGCUGAGGAGAAGGUUGAGAAGAAGGAUAAAAAGACAAAGGGCAAGAAGGCUGCGUCCGUCGCAUCGUCGUCUGCCUCUAGCUCGUCGGACUCAGACUCUUCGGAUUCUUCAGAUUCCUCCGACGAUAGCGACAGCGACAGCGAAUCCGACGCGUCAUCAGCAAAAGCAUCCAAGGCCAAGAAGAAUGUAAAGAAGGGAGCAGCCUCUUCAAGCGAGUCUAGCUCUUCUGAUAGCUCUUCUGAUAGUUCCUCAGACAGUUCCUCCGAUUCCGACUCCGAUUCCGACUCUGGCAAGGCAACAAAAUCCACUGCGCUCGAGCGUAAGACGUCAGCUAGUGACUCGUCCAUGACCCUUCCCGCAGCAUCGCCUCAGCCAUCUGGCAACAAGCGCAAAUUCAAUGGUUCUCCCUCGGCAGACGCUCCCAAAUCCAAGAGAAGUCACGUAGAAAACCGCUUCCAGCGCAUCAAGCCCGACGUUCAGGUCGACCCCAAGCUCGCAAGCAACGCAUACGUUUCGUACGACUACGCCGACCGCGCCCACGCGAAACUGAUCGUAACCAAGGGCAAAGGCUUUACCAAGGAGAAGAACAAGGGCAAGAGGGGCUCUUACCGCGGUGGCAUGAUUGACACAUCAGGUGGCAAGGGUAUCAAGUUUGAGGAUUGAGAAUAAGAUAAUGUUGAGACAUGAGGAGGCGAAUGUGCCCGUAUUGUCGGAGCGUAUUUCUUUCAGGCGAAUACGGGAGUUUCAGUGUACACCAAAAGCAGCAUACCCUACAUUGGCGGUACUCGUAUCAGACCGUGGGUGCACAUAAGAGUAGUUUAGAACAUAGUCUUGUUGGAUCAAUAGAUGAUUUACUUAG